CACGAGGCGAGCUGUCGAAGUGUGGGGACAUGGACGAGGUCCACAGCGUGCCGACUGGCAGGAUACUGAUGACGCCAUUGACCACGUCCACGCUAGGUGAUCGUUCUUGACGUGGCUCUUCCCCAGCAGGCCCGUUCUCUGGGAGGCGAGAAGAAGCGACGGGCGACUGCAGAACCAACGCAGGAAGCCGAGGCUGAGAUCAUCAUCUCGAAGCUGGUUCGAACGUCACUCUGUCUAGCGGGGUUCUGGACAUGCAACGGGCAUUGUCCCGUGGGCGAGCGCCAGGCGGGCUUGCGUCUUGCGUGCGCGGAAUCCUAUCGCUCGUCUAACAGGAGCACGACGUUCGCAAGCCGACCAAGCAGCCACGUUCGCCGACCAAGCAGCCACGUAUGCGGUUUUUGAUUGGCCAAGAGCUCGACUCUGAGCUGCGAUUGGCCCGUUUUUCACCGCGUGAGGAUUAUUGACUGAACCGAAGCGGCGACCUUGGUCAUGGCCCGAACCAAGGCGACGCUGAAGCUAGAGAAGCGCGGGCGCAAGUCUACGCGCAAGCCUGCACGCAAGCCGGCGCGGGCCCGCAGCAGCGGCCCGCAGCUCGACACGUCCGAGGUGCCUGGCGACCUCGCGCUGGCCAUCGCCGAGUGGCGAGCGAGCCAACUGCGCUCCGUGGAGCUCAUCGACCUGUCGUCGACGCCAGACGACGAGAUUUUUGACGACGAGCGCGAUACUGACGUCGUUCUCGUCUACGCGCCGCCGAUCGUUCCAGUGACGCGCCUCUUCCUCUGCUGACCUCCGCGGGCGUCGAUCACUAUCAUGUAUAUUAACCAUUAACGAUUGCACGUCGCGUCGGCGAGCCCACGUAGUGCUGGAAGGGCCAUCGCUCAUCAACAGCAAGU